AUGUCGAAUAAUGGAAGUCGGAACUCAUUGCAUUUUCUGGACAAAUUCACCAGCAACACUGGCCUAGUCAUGAGUUUUGAUUGUGGCACACACGAACAAAGGGAACAAGUGGCUGCCAGCAUAGAGCAGGAAAUCCUGUCUCAAGUCCCGCAAGCAACUGCAUCCGGCUUUAAUAUACUGCCAGACUUUGGCUCAGUCGUCCCAUCUUCUUCAAUACUGGAUGAUGCCGUUGAUGACAGUCCGAAGGAUGAUUUCCCGCUGACCUGGUUGAAUGAUCCACUUUCGUUGAAAACACAUGAGAUUCUUCUCUUAAUUGAAGAAGUGGUAACUAUAAAGCCACGAAAUAGUUCUGUCACGUUGGAUUGGUCCCCAACAUUGAAAGAUGCAUGCUUGCAAUUCUUUUCACCCCCGAAUCUGAGGAGAUUCUUGGGAUUUUACUGGGCGAUCUGGCAUCCUAAUGUCAACUUUGUCCACCGACCUACAUUCGAUCCACUAGCAGCGAAGCCAACAGUAUUGGCAGCAAUGGCUUUAAUCGGUGCCUGUGUCUCACCCGAUAUGCCAGACAAUGAAGAUGCACGGACUUGGCUCAACUGCGUUGAAGAGAUGGUCUUUAUCGAUGACGAUUUCAACAGUGAACUGAGCUACUCACACUCUGGUAGCAUGUCAAAUCAAAAGCGAAAGAUACAAGCGUUGCAGGCCGCUUAUAUAGUGUGUCUCUACCAGAACUGGGAGGGCACGGAUGCGAGUAAACGCCGCAUUCGACGCUAUCGCUUUGCGACUCUUGUUUCUACUGCACGCGAUAUUGGUAUUGCAACGGCAAGACAUCAAAACUACAGCGAAAAAGGGCGACCUGAGUUUGAAUGGAGAGAAUUUGCAGCUAGAGAGGAGCUUAUACGCGUCUUUACUUGGAUAUUCCUACUCGAUACGGCAUUUGUCAUUUUCAACAACCUACCGCCACGUAUGGUCAUAAAAGAGAUGAGAAUGCACAUGGCAAUGCCAGAAACCUGCUUCCAAGCCACGACAGCAGACCAAUGCCACCAGCAAAUCCAGUAUUCAUUGCCUGUUCAAAGCUUGUACUGGAAAUUCUCAUUUCGCGGGGCAUUUGAAUCCCUGUGCAGAGACGACCUCUCCCUUGAGGUGCGUCACAUGGUAUCUUCUCUCGGUCCAUUGGUUCUGUUCGCAUUAGCCUCUGCAAUACACUCUCAAAUAUUCCAAUUCCGCAGCGCAGUAGGAAGUUUCCAGCUCCUAGCUCCGAUCAGUAACGCCCUUAGCAACUGGCGUGAUAUCUGGCAGACGUUCUCAUUGACAUCUUGUCGAGGGGUGCUUCCGUUUAUCACCAUAGAAGACAUCAACAUUCAACCCGAGCAUCUAUGGAGAAGGAUGGGGUUCUACCGCUACGCACCUGAGUACUGGCUUUUGGCAAAUUUGAUGGCAGACCGACUUGCCGUACUCGGUACUUCCCAGCCAGAGAGUGAAUUGGAGCUACUUGAUGAAGGUCCGAUUGAUCCAAUUUUGAAUCAUUAUGAUCAGACCAGCAUGCGGCAAGUCAAUGAUCUCAUUAUGGGAUUUCAGACAUUUCAGAUUUGA